AUGUCUGAUUCCUCUAGCUCUGAACCAAGCAACCCUAACAGAGAAGAUCCUGUUGCUGACUCUGCGAAUGCCUCACAUGCAAGAAGACCUAAAGAAACUGUAUCAGGCUUCUCCUCGGCCAUCACUCUUGAGGAACGAACCAGAGAAGGUUCCAGGUAUGUUCACAAUGCUAUUGCCACUAUGAUGACUGGAAUACUGUCUGGUAAUCAUAAGGUCAUUGGGGUUUCCAUUCCCUUAAACAUUAUUGAACCUGAUAGUGUUGCUUAUCAAGAAAAUAUUGAGUCUUUAGGAAAGAACAUCUCUGAUGAUGUGGAGCAAACUGAUGCUCAUAAGGAGUCAAAUGUUGACAAACCCUUAGAUAAUGUGGCUGGUGAGGAAGUGCAUGUCACUCAUGAUGUCAGUAACAACCCUAACUGUGAGGCUGAAACAGUAGACUUGGAGGAAUUUUCUGAUAAUGAGUUGUUGUCCUCAGUCCUCCCUAGCAUAGCCAAAAGGGUUAGGACUAGGAGAGAAAAGAAAACAGUGGCUCAAAGGUUCCCCAGAAAGAAGAUUGAUGUUCCAACCUCUUCCAAGACAAAGGUGGCAGUCGAGGGCUCCCUCAAGAGGAAAGUUCAUGGUCCAGCCAAAUCUUGGAGCAAAGGGGUGCCCAAGAAAAAGAAGACCAAGUCUGUUGAUGUUGAGUCUGACUCAGAUGUUCCAUGUGAUGUCCCUGACACUCUGUGGAAAUAUGUUUAUCAAAAGAGGCUGGCUUUGGAAAGGGAAUUAGCUCAGAAUGUCCUAGAAUGUAAGGAUAUUAUGGACCUUAUUCAAGAGGCUGGUUUAAUGAAGACUGUGACUCAGUUCUCAAAGUGCUAUGAGAUGUUGUUAAAGGAAUUUAUUGUCAAUUUGUCUAAAGAAUGUGCUGAUGGGAAGUCUAAGGAAUUCAGGAAAGUGUAUGUGCGAGGCAAGUGUGUAAAUUUCUCUCCUUCAGUGAUUAACAAGUAUUUGGGAAGGCCUGAUGUAGCUCAACCUGAGCUUGAGAUUGGAGCUGCUAACUGGGUGCCCACCAAUCAUAAAUCUACAGUUGCUGUAAUGCUUGGAAAGUUUAUAUAUGUUGUUGGAACCAAAGCCAAUUUUGACUAUGGAUCCUAUAUUUUUGGUCAAACCUUGAAGCAUGCAGGAAGCUUCAGUGUGAAGGGACCUAUAGCCUUUCCCUCUCUCAUCUGUGGUAUUGUGUUGAAUCAGUUUCCAAACAUCUUGACAGAGAAUGAUUUUGUGAAGAAAAGAGACAGCCACAUGUCCUUCAAUCAUAAGUUGUUCCUAGGUACCCAUGUCCCUGACAUUGUCAUGACAACAGGUGAGACAUCACGUGUAUGCAAUCCACCAGGUAAAGUUGUUGUCAUUGCAAUGCUCAAAGAAACUUGCAGGGAGUUAGAGGCAAGGAAGCUGAACUUGGAAAAAUUGAUUAGUACUUUGGAGAUGACUGAAGGUGAUGUGCUUGGUGAAGCUGCUGCUGCAGAAGGAGCUGAAAGACAAGGUGAAGAGGGAGAAGCAGAUGCUAGUCCUGAUGAUGGCACAGAUGAUGAUGCUGACUCUGAGUCAGAUGACUAG